AUGAACAGAGAGUAUUCACUAUAUGAUGAUCUUGAACAGUAUGCUGAUACUGAAAAUAGAGGAGGAAUAGUCGUCAUUCCAGCUGAUUCUUUGCAGAAAUUAGCAUCAGUGCAAAAUUUUGACCAUCAAUCAGUAGCACAUAAACAUUCUAGGAGAAAAAUAUUUAAUGGGAAGGUUGAUCCUUUAAAGUUCACAUCAGGUUUAGCCCUAUUUUUGGUUAUAAUUGGACUGUUGAUUACAAUCUUAAUGUAUCGAUAAGAAGCAAAUCUAUUCUUAGAAGCCUAUAUAGAAUGGAUUGAAACUCAUCAAAUUAUGGGGGUAUUUGUAUUUUUAAUUGUGAAUAUCAUAAUUGUUCCUCUGAUGAUUCCUGGCACUAUACUAGCAAUAUUAGGCUCAUAUAUUUAUGCGAUCAUCUACGGGAAAGUCCUUGGCUAUUUCGUUAUAUAUUUCCUAGUAGUUAUCAGUAAUACAAUAGGUGCAUUCCUAUCUUUUAUCAUUUCUAGAGGUCUAUUUUACGAAUGUCUCAGCCCUUACUUGCACAACUACAGAUACCUUAGGGCUAUGAAUAGAGGCAUUAAAAAGCAUGGGUUUAAGUUUAUUUUCCUUAUCAGAAUGUGCCCAGUUGUCCCAUAUAAUGUAUUUAAUUAUGUCUCAGCAGUGACUGACGUUAAUCUCAAGCAGUAUUUUUGGGGAACUCUAUUUGGAAUGAUGCCUCUUAAAGCAAUUGAGAUAUUCAUUUUCAUCAAUAUAACAGUCGAUAUCUCUAAGAUAAUUGAAGGCAAAUACAAGCUUGGCUCUAUUUAUGAGAUAGUACUGAUAGUAGGUGUUGUAAUGGCAAUAGGGCUCAUAAUAUUAAUUGGAUAUGUUACAAAGAAAGAACUAGAUAAAGAAAUAUAGCUUACUAGAUCAAGGGAAAGAGAGCUAAGAGAAUCCCUUCUGGAUGAAAAUAUAGAGGUUGAUAAUAAAACUGACAAUAAAUUGUGA